CCAUUUAUGUUUCUUCUUCUCAUUUCUAACACUCCCUGGAUUCAUAAGCUCAUAUCCUAAGUUGUUUCUCAAUCUGGGUAUUUCUUUGAUUUUAUUUUUUUCAUGUUUUAGCAUUUGGAUUUUGGCUAUUUCAACGUUUUAGGUUGAUUUGUUGCUCUACUGUUCUUUCUUAGGAUGUGCUUGUUUUGGCUGUGUCGAUAUCUGUUUCUAGUUGCAUCUUUUGCUUUUAAGUUGCUUCUUUUCGUUUUCAGCAACUAGUUAUAGAAUCUAUUUCAUAUAGGUGCUUGGCCUAUUUGGGUGUUCUCUGUUGAGAUCUGUUUUUCAAUUUGGAUUAGAUAAAAGAAACAGUGAAUGAGAAAGAAAGCACUGAGAAGAAGCUAUAAAAAGUCAGAACUAUUGCUGCUAUGGCGUGGAUCAUGUAAUAAUGUUGUUUUAUGAUCACUUGUGAGGUUGAUUUUCGGAGAUAUAUCAUUUUAAGAGAAUUGGCCAACUGAUGAGGGCUUUUAAGGUUGUUCGAAAUGUUCUCCAAGGUGCAAAGUAUUGUGAAACGAAGCGUAAUGGUGCCUUGCAUUUCAAUUCAUUGUUAUAUCACUGCACAGGUGAAUCCCACCAAGAGUUCUUGCCUCAUGAAUGGUAUGAAAAGGCAUUUCCAAAGUUAACAAGAUUGGCCUGCUACUUAAAAGAUGUGGAUUUAGUUGAUGGACGGCUUUUGAAUGUGAACGACAAUUCAAUCAUCAUUGAUGAUCGCAUUGAACAGAAAAUGAAUACUUUCAAGUCACUUGCGAGGAUCUUUAUUGGGUCUCCAUCAGUUCAGCUAAUGCUAAAGAAAUAUGUCUCUACAUUUGACUGUUUUAGUAAACUUAGUGAAAGGCAGCCCAUGAUUGUGAAUUCGUUAAGCAAAGUGAGCAGUGUUUUGAAUGUUACUGCUCAACAGAGGAAGUUGGUGCGUCUAUCAAUAUGUCCGCAGGUUACACAACACAGGAUAUGGACAGGUGCCCUUGAGGAAAUAUUGAAUGAAUUGAAAUUAGAGAUUGAUUUGUUGAAUUGCCAAUUCCCAAGUAAAGGAACUAAGAUGGGUCAGCAGAUAGUUUCUAGUUGCCUUGAGUUCUUGGCUGAAUCAGCUGUUUCUUUUGACCCUGAUUCUGCUUCAUGGAUGCGGCUUUCACCUGCAAAAGUUGUUGACUCUCCUUCACGCAAAUGGGAAGAUGUUCUUGAGAUGUUCACUGAUCUCAUUAAUUGUUUAAAGAGUGAAAAUGGUUGGCCUAAUCAUUUGACAAAGAUUAAAGUAAUGAAAGAAGGUCUUUCUCAGAUCAGGGAUGUGUUAAUCGAUAAUAGUAUUGGGUACAAGGAUGCCAGGCACCAAGAAAACCUGGUACAAAAGAAGCUCUCUAAGACAUUGGGGCACUCAUCACAGUGCUUGUUCACACUUUUAUUGUUUUACCUCUAUGGACAGGUUAGAGAUAUUGAAGUGGAUUUGUGUGGAGCGGUUUAUGGGAAUGGUUCGGAGAAUAGGUUUACCUUGUGCAUGGGAAGAAUUCUGACUUCUAAUGAGGAAAAGGUGGUUUGGAGUGGGCUUAAGCAAUUGGACAGGGCUCUGGGGUUAUUCAAGUUUGUAUGGGAAACAGCAGGUAUGAAAGGGAUUUUGGAGUUGCAAGGCCACUUAUGGUGUGUUGGGCCUGAGGAGAGGUCGGUCACCUAUCGAGGAAAUGCCUUCUUUAUACAUGGGAUCAGUCUUGGACCAAAGAGCACCUCAUCAAGACUUCUAUGAUGUUUAAUGGUUAUAUUCUAGAAUUGAUGAUUAGCAAUUACUUCACAUUGUUCAAGUCCAGACACUUUUUUGUUUUAAAUUUUAUUUGAUAUACAACUCAUUUCAAAUAUGUUAAGCCUAUGAAGCUAUUUUGCCUAUCGUUGUUUAUUUUAGAUGAUUAAGGUUAUAUUGUAGCAUUGAUGAUUCGCAAUUACUUUGCAUUAUUCAAGAUUUGAUAGCUUUCAGAAAUCCUUUUUGACUUUGUCUCAAAGCAAACUGGACUGUUUGUCUGGUCUAACUAAUAGAGUCUAUCAAGUUUCUAAAAGGUCAAUAUGCAAGAAGUAAUUCUUGUUUUCAUUCGUCACUAAUGUGUUGACUA